ACCAGUGCGCUAUACUGGCUAGCUGUUCUGAAGGAAAACAACUUGCGGUAAGCGACUUGAUUUUCUGUUUGCACUUUUCACUUUUCUUGAGAGACGUUUCCUUCAGUACCAGGCGAGAUGGAGGAGAGAGGAGAACAGUUCUUCACCGACCUGCAGACGUUGGACCUGACCGUCGACUUGCAGGAGGGGAUGGGCACCGCGCCCAUGCCUCUUAACGACGAGCACGAGCAUCACGAGUGCAGCGGAUUCGCGCCAUUUUCCUACUCCAUGGAGAGAGUCGGCCAUGCAUUCGAUCUGGAGGAUCCGUACAGCACCAUGGGCGCGCAGUUCGGUACCUACCGACACUGCGAGGUGGAGACAGUUCCCCUGUUAGAGGACAGGCUGGCCACGCUGGACGAAAGGGUUGUUCAGGCUGGGGACUGGGCACCUGUACGGCAACUCAUGGGGCGGUCGGAUGCACUGGAAAGUCCGGAGGAGAACACAGACACGGGCUCACCCAAACAUCAGCGACAGGCAGCGAACAUCCGGGAGCGACGGCGCAUGCUCAACAUCAACUCUGCCUUUGAAGAGUUACGUCACCACGUCCCGACGUUUCCAUAUGAGAGAAGGCUGUCUAAGAUCGACACGUUACGCCUGGCCAUCGCGUACAUCGCGCUGCUGUCCGGGAUCAUGCAGUCCGGUCUGGAGCCGUACGACUACAUCCAGCGGUGUCUGCAGCACGGCUACACAGACACUUUCACAGACGUCUGGAUGACUAGUGAUCUAACGGCCAGAUUGUCCUGGAUCAAGUGGGAAUGACCGGACGGCACAAGGUGUUUUUUUAAUGAUACUAACGUUAAGAUGUGUCAUGUGUGAUAAUCGUGUGACGAAAUUAUGAUAUAUCAGAUGUAUUCAACGUUAUUUGGUGACAUUAUGUCUGGGCCGUGUCAAUCACGCUCUCGUGUACAUUUGUAUCCUCAUGUAACAGUAUCUGUACCCUGCUUCUAAUCCGAAUCGUGCGUUCCUUUUUGGCUCCAACAACUCUCUGCGAAAGUCAUCCUUUCCGCGACGAUGUAGGUAGUCAUUGAUUUUGGGGGACGUUUGUCACAUAUGAACGCUAGAUUUGUGAUUUCUUGGGAAAAGGCCCUUUCCAGACAGAUGCACGGGGAAAUGGCAAGGUGGGAAUAAUAGACUAAAGGCCCCGCCGCAUGUAAUCCGUCUCCUCUUAUAUCCACACAACAAUGAGGCCGAAGCACUUGAGGAGGGUUUUUAUUGAAAUCACAACUGCGUUCAUACAUUACACUUUUGUUGCGUCUUUGUUCAUGAAGUGGUAUUUUUGUAGCCAAUCAGAAAGACAACAUGUACAGCUGACUAUCGAGAACUAUUCAUUAAAUCGAAGGGUGGAAUAAUGAAUUGCUGUUGUGUGGUCCUUCUAUCUUGUUCUCGAUCCUGCCUGUUUGGAAAUAGAUUCCCAUCAGCUUUGACAAUGCUUCAGAUCAAAGGGGUGGUCUCAUAUGUUGGCAGAUCGCCUGGAAACAACUUCGAUGCAUAAAAACCAUGGGAAGAAUCAGUGCAAAUGGAACCAGCUUUGUACUUGGGGGUGGAGUUGGGGGGAAGAAUACGGAAAUGAAAUAUCAAGCCUGGUACUCUAUGUUGUUUUAAUGAUAUUACAAAUCUGUCUAGAUAGUAGAUGCCUCAGCUUGUUUUUGUUUCUGUUUUUUUUUUUUCAAAUUCUAGCUGUGUCUUUCGUAUCUUAUAUAUGACAUAAUUGUUCUUUUACAUCAACCGUUCUCAUACAUGUUGUAUGUGAUGUAUUAAUGUAAUCAGUUUAUAUGGAGCACAGGAAGAAUUCCUGAAACGUCAAGCUAAUUGUGGAUCUAUCAUAUGAAAUAAAGUCAUGUUACCUACGAAAAAAUCUAAAUGAUUCAAGCCAAUAUAUAUCUAACAAAGUUUGCGGUGACUGAAACAAAUACUAGUACCCAUCUAGCAGACCUCCUUUUGUCUUUAUUCUUGCUUCAUGCCAACAUCUAUCUACAGUAAAAGAAAUUACUACAUUCACUAACAUCAUUUCAAAUAUGUAAAAAAUACUAAAACGUGUUAUGGCAUACUGAAUAACAUUUGAAGAUAAGUACUCCUUGUGUAGACAUUGCAAUAUUGCACCUAUUAAAAGCGAAAUAAUUACACUUCC